AUGGAGCUAUUGAGAUCAGCAGCAGCACUCAUUUCUAAAGUUACUAGUGAUUUUGGGUUUGGUUUUGGAGAAAAAGUAGAACUUCCAUAUGAUAGUUUUUGGGAACUUUAUGAUGGUAUACGAAAGGAAGAUGGUCUGCGAUGUAGCAUAUUUGUAUUUAAUAAGGGAUCAGUUGAAGAAAAAUGGGCUAUGGCUCAAAACGCAUUGUCGAAGAUUCGGACAUUGCAUCAUCCGUAUAUUAUUCGAUAUUUGAAUGGAAAAGAGAUCGAGGGACGAUCUAUUACUAUUGUUACGGAAAGAGUUAUUCCUUUGAAUUUGAAUAGAAAUAAAAUUGAUAAAGAAACAAGUAUUUUGGGACUUUAUCAGAUAUCUACGGCUCUUCAAUUUAUUCAUGAAAAUGCGUUAUCUGUUCAUGGAAAUGUUCGAAUAUCUUCAAUAUUUGUUAAUGAAAGUGGAGAAUGGAAAAUUUUUGGACUGGAAUUAUUCAGUUUAAUAAAAGAAAAAGAAUGUAUUUUAUAUACACACGGUGGACGUAUUCCUGAUUCAUUUAAAUAUAUGCCGCCGGAAAUCCAGUGCAAGUCUUGGGGAUCAUUAAAUGAAACACCUCUGGAAACAGCAAUUGAUGCGUAUAGUUUGGGUUGUUUGAUCUAUGAAAUAUUCAAUGGUACAUUUAGAGCGUCUUCUGAUUUAACUCAAAGGGGGAAAAUACCUCAAACGUUAUUUAAUACAUAUAAAAAACUUCUAAAUCCAAAACCAACUCUUCGACUAUCUGUUUCAAGCUUUAUCAAUUAUGGACGUAGUGAUGGGGGCUUUUUUCGAACAGAACUUAUUGAAUGUUCUGAAUUUUUAGAACAAUUUUCACUAAAAGAUAAAGAACAAAGAAAUGCAUUUUUAAGACAAAUUAGCGAUUUCAUUGAUAAAUUUCCUAAACUGUUUCUUAAGUUUAAAGUUCUUCCAGGUCUAAUCAGAUUAUUCGAAUUUAAUGAAGGAGGGAAUAAAGCAUUUUCAUUAAUUUUAAAGAUUGGAAAUCUUCUUGAAAAUGAUUAUCAAUCUUUAAUAUCUCCAUUUAUAGCUCAUAUGUUUUUGAAUCAAAAUAAAUCAAUAAGACUUUGUCUUCUUGAGAAUUUAUCAGAUUAUGCUAAUCAUAUAUCAAACAAAGUAAUAAAUGAUGAAAUAUUUCCAAAAAUGCUUUCUGGAUUUAAUGAUACUUCUCCCUUGGUACGCGAAGAAACAGUAAAAGCAGUGCUUUUUAUAGUGUCAAAAUUAUCAGAACACAAUAUUAAUAAUGAACUAUUAAAAUAUCUGUUAAAAACACAACGUGAUCAACAACCCGAAAUUAGAACUAAUACAACUAUAUGUCUUGGAAAAAUAGCGAAACAUAUCAAACCAAAUAACCGUCAAAGAAUUUUGAUAUCAGCAUUUACCGGAUCUCUUCAAGAUUCGUUUGUUCCAGCACGAAUAGCUGCUUUAAUGGCGCUCAGAGCGACUUAUAAUUUAUUUGAUGAAUCCGUUUGUUGUAUAAAGUUGAUUCCAACUAUAUCACCAAUGCUUAUAGAUAACGAAAAAUCUGUUCGAAUACAAGCAAAAAAAACCAUAGAUUUAUAUUUCCAAAAAGUUACUAAAUUAAUAUCUGCACUUGAUAAUACAUCAGAAAGCGCUAAUUCGGAUAUAUCAAAUAUUGAUAAAUCGAAAAUAAUCGUUGAUUCAAAUUCUUCAUUGUUUUCAAAAAAUAAGAUUGAAGUUAAACAAAAAAGUUAUAAUAAUUCAAUUGAAAAAAAAAAAGUUUCCGAAAUGAAUGUCCAUGCAUUUAAGACAAAAAAUACAAUGAAACAAGUCAAAGAGAAUGACUUAAAUGAAUGGAAUAAUACUAAUAGUGAUAACACAACUGAUCUAUUAACAUUUGAUGAUGUAAACGAAGACAAAAAUUAUAUAAAUAAUAAUAGUAAUGAGGAAAAUAUUCAUCAACUAGAUAGAUUAAGUACCAUAGACUUUAAAAUAAACAAUAAUAUAAGUUUUGAAUGGAAACAAAACAUCUGGGAUAACGACUGGGAUAGCGAUGAUGAUGAUAAUUGGAAACUUAAUGAAUAUUAA